AUGAAGGGCCUUUGCGCCGUAUCAUGCUUUGUCGCGAAGCCGCCUGACCUCAGUCACACAGACCUCGGUCAAAACAUCCCUUCGGACCCCACAGAGCGGGUGGAUAAGGCUUCAAGCUUGCUGGACAACUUGGGCCGAAGCUUGCGAACAGUGCGGCAUUCUGCAGAUGAACUUGCGAACGCCGGUGCUAUCCUGGCUGAGAAGGGAGAUCGAAUGGCCGACGUGGCGAACUACAUCAAGGAGGCCAAGGCCCAUUCGGCGAAGAUGCAAGCCAACAUUGCCGAUAUCCUGAGGUUGAUUAAAGACAUGAAGAGUGCAUCAGAAGCUGGCGUGACCUUGCCAGCUUGUCUACUUGCAUCUGCAAUGCCGCCUGUGAAUACACUGGCGCGCUCGCAGUCCAAUUUGAAGACCCCUCGGAGCUGCAGUAUGCCUGCACGGGCACGAGCCAGCUUCGAAGACAUCCUUGACUUUCUAUGA